CAUCCUCUCAGCUGGUGUUUUAUACUGAUUUUUAACUGCUGAUGUAUUUUUACAGUCUUCCAGUUUACACAUAUAUUCCCUUUCAUUGACUAACUUAUACCCAUGACUUUCCCACAGUCCUGAAAUAUCAACCCACUGUGACUGCCCUUGUCUGUUGCCAUCCUGGCCCACAGAUCUCCAUCAUCUUCGGGUGACUUGAGCCUGUCACAGUAGCAUCAGCCUGGGUCCUUGUUGAGAAAUCUUGUUUUGGCAGAAUGGUUCAAAGAAGAGCUCCAGGACAUAGCAGAGGAUGUCAUCAAGCUACAGGCACUUUGGGAUUGCUGAUAGCAGGGACCUUGCCAAUGCAGCUCCCUCUGGUGUUAUGAAAUUAGGAAGGAUUCUGAUUACUUCAUUGGCUGCUUGGUGUUUGGGAUACUUAUUUGCUGUUCUUUUACGCCAAAAGACGAUAACACCUAUGGCUAAUCUUCAAGACAUUGGAAGGAAACCAGUGUUGAGGGUCCCAGUCCCAAAAAGACAGAAAUGUGAUCACUGGUCUCCCUGCUCACCAGGGAGCUACGCUUAUCGGAUUCUUAGUGGUGGUGGCAAAGGAAAGCUGGCUAAAAUUUGUUUUGAGGAUGAGCUGCUUAUAAGUGAAGAGAAGGGUAAUGUUGGAAGAGGUAUAAACAUUGCCAUUGUGAAUUAUAAAACAGGAAAAGUUACAUCAACACAGUUUUUUGACAUGUGGGAAGGAGACCACUCAGGAGAGAUGACGGCUUUCAUUAAGAAUGCACCAGAAGAGUCCCUCCUUUUGAUGGUGACUCAUGAUGAUGGAAGCACCCGGUUGAAAAAUGAUGCCAAAAAGUCAGUAGAAGAUCUGGGAAGUAAAGAAAUACGGAAUAUAAAAUUCAGGUCAAGCUGGGCUUUUAUAGCUGCCAAAGGCUUCAAGCUGCCAGAUGACAUCCAAAAAGAAAAGAUAAACCACUCUGACCAGAAGAAGAACAGGUACAGAGGGUGGCCAGCUGAAAUCCAAAUAGAAGGCUGUAUCCCAAGAAACCUGAUCUGAACAAAUGCAUACCUCAUUAAUAAAGAUGAUUGUCUAUUUUUGUAUCUAUGACUCUAGGAAAUUGCCUCCAGAACCCAAUAAGCAUCUGAACACUAACUGUAAAAUAAUCAUGUACAGUUUUAUGCCUUUCUUUCCUCUGUGAGGUUUUACUCUAAUCUGAAAACAAAUAGGUAUUUUGAUAAUAUGUAGAAAUAAAGUACUUUGGUUUAGAGUGUUCAGAAAGUCAGUCAUAAAAUAGUAGGAUUUUUAAAAGUGAGUACACGUUGCAAUUUUAGGGUUUUGAUUUUGUUUGUUUGGUUUUAGCACAUGUUCUCCUUAGCUUCCCCUUAAAGACUAA